AUGAGCACAACCAUUUCAACCGUCUCGCACAAAGAGGCUCAUAAUCCUCCCGCUUCCAACACCGAUUACUUCCGGCAAAAAGCCUUCCACUAUACAGCAUGGGGCUGCCUUUUAGCUGGACCUAUAAUUAUGGCACUACCUCCUCGGAAACUUGAUCUCUACACUUUUGGCCUGAUGGUUUGCACUUUUGUUGGCGGCAAUGAAGUCUCACGAGAACACACGGGUAUUUCCAUGAUUGAUCGGGUUGGUCAGCGUCUUGCCAAUACUACUGCGUCGCUUCCUCCAAAGGCAGUGGAGAUGCAACGAAGAUUACGCGAAGAAAAAGAGAGUAAUCGACAAGGCGCCGAGCGAUGGAAGGAGCUUCAGCCGACACCCAAAACGCAAAGCUCGGAGUUCCAGAGACAGAAUUGGUGGAAGAAUGUGUGGAUGGGUGGAGAAAAUGAGAGCUGGAAGGAAGAAAGGGUGAGAAAAGAGAGAGAUGCACUUGACAACGGUCAAGGCUAUUUUGAUCUAAUUGCUGCGCAAGUCUGGGAAGUCUGGAAUGGAGAAAGAAAAACACAGGACGACUCUACUAUAUCUAAGGAAGAGAAACCCAACACUGAAAAUGAAGGUUCUAAUGGGUCGGAUAACAAGAUAUGA